AGGAGGGGGACAUGAAAGACAUGCAGUCUCAGAUUCGUGCUCUGGAUAAUGUUCAAAUCAAAUUAAUAUUAAGAAAGUAGGCACAUGAAGUCUAAUUCAUGUUCAAAAACAGCAUACCGGUAACGUUGAAUGUCCAAAAAACACCACUCACUGUUUGUGUUCUUCCGGCUUCUGUUUCGUUUGGCGGUUUGUCACAUGACUGCGCUUUGAUCCGACAGCCAAUCAGAUUCAAGAGGCGGUCACGUCUGACUCGGGACUCGCCUUGUUGUCGUAGAUAACGAGCUAAUGUGUGUGUUUGCUGGUCUGAAGUAACACCUUCACGACAUUGUGCUUAGUUAACCUCUCGGUAUCUUUUAUCUUGAACCCCGUGCGGACACGUCGCGGCAUCACGUGGACCUUUAAACAUGUUAACAACCUACAGCUGCGAGCUAAGUAGCUAGCCAUGCUAGCUCCUGGUGGACAUAACCAACAUUCCUGCGAGGAUUAUUUAGACACUUAGAGGGAAGUAAACAAAAACAACAACCCGGAAGGCUUUAAAGGUGAGUGUGACUACAUUACAGUGACAGUGGUGGUUAAAGGGCAGGAUGUCAAUUCAGUACGAGGAGCCCGCGUUGGCAGGGAGUUACGAUGCCGUGGGGUCAUUUCCUAAAAGUUUCGGCUACGGGGUGGAGGAGCCAGACAUGGAAGAGAGCUCCGCGUCAGCUGACAAACCGAGGAUCCUGCUGAUGGGACUGAGACGCAGCGGGAAGUCUUCUAUUCAGAAGGUGGUUUUCCACAAGAUGUCCCCCAAUGAAACACUGUUUCUUGAGAGCACAAACAAAAUCUACAAGGACGACAUCUCCAGCACCUCCUUCGUCAACUUCCAGAUCUGGGACUUUCCUGGCCAGGUGGACUUCUUCGACCCCUCCUUUGACAGCGAGAUGAUCUUCAACGGGACCGGUGCUUUGAUCUUUGUCAUCGACGCUCAGGAUGACUACGUCGAGGCCCUCGGCCGGUUACAUCUCACCGUGUCCAGAGCCUACAGAGUGAAUCCAGAUAUCAACUUCGAGGUGUUUAUCCAUAAAGUAGACGGUUUGUCCGACGACCACAAAAUCGAGACGCAAAGAGACAUCCACCAGAGAGCCAACGACGAUCUGGCAGACGCCGGCCUGGAGAAGCUUCACCUUAGCUUCUACCUAACCAGCAUCUACGACCACUCCAUCUUCGAGGCCUUCAGUAAAGUCGUCCAGAAGCUCAUUCCUCAGUUGCCGACGUUGGAGAACCUUUUGAACCUUUUCAUAUCGCACUCGGGGAUCGAGAAAGCCUUCCUGUUCGACGUCGUCAGCAAGAUUUACAUCGCCACAGACAGCUCUCCUGUGGACAUGCAGUCCUACGAACUCUGCUGCGACAUGAUCGACGUCGUCAUCGACGUCUCCUGCAUUUACGGGCUGAUGGAGGACGGCGGUGGCUGCGCCUACGACAAGGAGUCCAUGGCCAUCAUCAAGCUCAACAACACCACGGUGCUUUAUUUGAAGGAGGUCACAAAGUUCCUCGCUCUUGUCUGCAUCCUCAGAGAGGAGAGCUUUGAGAGGAAAGGUCUGAUAGAGUAUAACUUCCACUGUUUCCGAAAAGCCAUCCACGAAGUGUUUGAAGUUGGCACCCCGCCACAAGACGCCCGCUUCCCCAGAAACAACCCGUUGGGCCUGAAGUACGGCGCGCUGAAUGGAAGCGCUGUCUGAAGGGCAGUCGCCGUGCGGAAUUCUUCAAUCUACCUGGAGAGUGGCGAGAUCACAUGGAAACACACACACACACACACACACACACACACACACACACACACACACACACACACACACACACACUCCCCUCCUGUCAAACACAAGUUGCCUGACUGUGCAACUGAAUGUAAAUCAGUAACAACUGAUGAACUGAGCUUACGCCAAAAAACAAAAUAGUGGUUCCUUCUUUCUGCACAUUUAUUGGUAUUGAAAUGUCAGCUGUGUUUACCUUAUUAGCUAGUUACUUAUGUGCACUCUGCAAUUUAAAAAAAAAAAAAUAUAUAUAUAUAUAUAUAUAUACACACACAUACACACACGCGUAAGAGUCUUCUGAUCCAGUUCAAGCACUUAUCGUCAAUAUGAACAAAAAGCUCCGUUGACUGAAGCUCAAAACUGAAUUUCCACAAACUAAAAUUAACAGUGUGAACUUGUUUCACGUUCCUGCUCAUUAAACGCUGAAACAUUGCAUGCUGUAAGUGGCUCUAAUGGCAAGUAUGAUAAAAGAAACCACAGUGUUUGUUCUACUGUGUGUUUUCUGUUGAUAAUGAAUCAUGUGAGCAGCAGCCGGAGCUCUGCUCAGGAUCCCCGUCAGACCAGUACUGUGCCAGUUCCACCAUUAGCGCCUCGGUUUAAUAACAGCACGUUGGUCUUAAUGGAGUCUGGACAUAACAGAUGAUGCACGACGUCUGCCGACGCUCGACUUUUUGUUGCUCGUGAUGACCGCUUUGACCAAAUUCACUCCGCAGGGAUUCAGUUUGUAGCGGUUUGUUUUUUGCUUUUGGGUACAGGCCGUGAAUAAUAUUUCCGAGAUUUGUAAUUAUUGUACAUAAUUCUUUAAUAAAAUAUGUUUCUUAUUUUUCUGAA